AUGUUGGGCACUAUCAACCCCUCUUUUGUGUUCAUUGCGAUGGAUAUGUUGUGCGAGCUCUGGUACACGAUGGUGCUGUUCUCCAUAUCCAGCCGCGCAUUGAGCACGGGAAACUCGGAAAGCGCCAUCGAUGUCGCCUUGAUGAAGAUUGGCAUCAGCGUGAAGCGAAGCUUCGCAUCCGCGCCCAGCUGUGUGACAAUGUGCCGGCGGAGCGCCAUCGCUCCUUCCAUACUCACGUCGUCGGCAAGUCCGAAAUGUGGAAUCUCGAGCGAUGCCGCCAUUGACUUCAGCAUGCCCCGACGCAAACCGCGAAUCGGCUCGACGGUGUUUUCGGCCCUGCCUUUCGCGGGUUCCGCUUGGCGGGUGGACUCGUGCUCUGGAACCUCGCUCGCUGACCUGGUUGGCGGGUCAUGCACGUGGUUGAGCACAUCUUCGUCAAGUACGCGCCCGUCGCCGCCGCUAUUUGGCGUUGGUUGUCGCAGAUACGCGGAAAAGGGAGGGGUUCACGCAGCAUGA